UUAAUAUGUGGGGACACACUAGUUGUCUAGUUCUUCAUAGUGAAUGUGGUUUAAAUCUGGUGUCGUUCCUGUUGACAUAAGAUUUGAACUUUGUGUUAUUCUUACUGAAAAUUGUUUCUGAGUUUGAUAAACUUUUCCCAAGUGAUAUUGACUAUUUUAAAUUUCCAGUUUCCUUAUCACAUUUUUUAGUUGUCUGGAGCCUUAGAUGAAAAAAUACUUUUGAUUAUUGUUUCACGUCUUUUUUUCUAACUAAGACACAUAAUAAUGGAAUAUCUUAAAUAGUUUUUUAGUGAAAUUUUUUGAAUCAGUAAUGGAAUUUGGAAGUUACGAUUUUCCGUUCUGUGUAAAGAGUUUACAAAUCAUGAUGUCUUGGGUGUAAAAGUCACAUGAGUUUUGGGCCUGGUGCUUUUCAGUGUAUGGAGCCUGGCAGUAACAUAUUCCACCUAUCCCAUUUGUCAGGGGAGGUUACAGAUCUUGUCCAUUGAUACCAUGCUCAGUGUGGAAUUGCAGCCAUCCUGCAGCACUGGGACUUCCUCAAACCCUGCUUUAGAUUAUCCUACCUAAUUACAUAUUUUUGGUAACUACAUGGAUAUUACAAGCACUUUUUUCCAUUUUUAUCCUGGUGUAAAGUGAGACUUCAAAUCAUUAAUUUAAUAGAUUCUCUUUUCCCCUCCUGCUAUUAUUAUUUGAAUUUGUAAAAAUUUUUGUGUGCCAGCAUGCAACUUUUUAUGGAAGUUUAACUUUUCUUUAGAUUUUGCUGUUGAGGGUCUUAUAAUUUUGCAGUUUGACUUGUCCAUAGCUUUAUAAUUUUAAUGGCUAGGUUUUUUUUCCCCCAAAUUACAUUUUUGGAACUAGUAAAAGAUACUUUGUCAGUCAGCUUUAAAUAUUCAUGUCCUUUAGAAUAGUUAAGUUUAAUAAUAAAGACACAUACUGGUAAUACUGUUCAUUGCUCUUCAAACUGUCCUCUUUAGUACUUACUCAGUAUUAGUAUCUCUGUAGUAAAGACCUUUUUAUCCUUUUAUGAGUCUUGAAGGACCCAGAUUCCAGUUAGGAUCAUUGCUAAAGCUAAUUUCCUGUAAAUUGAUUACCUCCAAGAUACAGAUGUAAAGAGUAGCAGAGGCGCUUUCUUAAAAUUACACAUCACACUGUUCUGUUGGCUAAUGUGAUAAUGCUUUCUUAAUGCUAUACUUUAAUCAGAGUGAUAUAUAAUAGCUACCUGGCUGUGAUUUUGAUUGCUAAACAGUUAUUGUGUUAUUUUACUUUUAGAAACUAAAUGUGUCGUCAUUUGCUGUUUCCUAUCUUAGUUUUAUUGUCUGUGUCCAGCUGUUCAGAAAUGUUAUAUUCUAAUGUAAUGUCUCCAAAAUCAAGUUUUCUGAUUAAAGUGGAUCAGUAGAUUCUAAGAAGAAACUAAUAUUAAUCUCAGAUCUUGUUAGUCAGUCAUAGACUUAGUAAUAAUUUAGCAAUUUAUUUAAUGACCCUAAUUUUGCUCUUCAAAUGCUUUGAAGUUGUAGUUUUUUCGUGCUAAUACUCUGAUGAGAUGAUGAAACAGUAGAAAAUAACUCUAGAACAUCAGAUAAUUUUUCAUGGUCAUGUACUGUGAAGAUUUUAAACUAGUUUGCUUACAGAUGAUUGUGUUGUGGAAGGGAGUUUAAAGAGAUUAAGAGUUUAGGUAAAAUUUCAACUGUAAUAGGGUAAGGUAAAUUAAAUGAUUAGUAACAAAUGAUAUUUGCUGUUAAGGAGUGCAAUUUGGACCUAGGAAAACAUAUUAUCUACAAGGUAUAAACCUUUGUGGUUAGACUAGAAUAUAAUUUAAAUUUAGUAGUAGUGCCAAAGGAGAGCUCAGGGCUUAACCAGCUCCUGCAGUUAACAUUUCAAAAUAUUUUCUGCGUUGCUAUUACUAACAUUUUAAUGACGGUCAUAUUAUGUUAAAACAACUGGAUAUGACUUACCUAAUCAUCUUGCUAUUUUCCAAUGUCUAGUUCUUAGAAAAUCUGAAAUAAUCUCUCGAAUUUAGAUCAUGUGCUUGUCAACAUCAUACUACGCAGGUUUGUUUCAUUUAAUGAUCUGUACUCGAGUAGAUUUCGGCAGUUACACCCAUUAAAAAAAGGUAUGCCUAGAACUCAAACGUUGUCUGAAGAUUCACAAUUCUAACGUGAAGACAUAUACAUAGUUUAAAGUAGAAUGCCCCCCUUCUUUUUUUAUUCACCUUGCAACCACUGUCCUCUUGCUUUUAAGUAAUCCAAUUGUAUUAUUUAAAAAUAAGUUCUUAUUGAAAUCUAAGGAGUCCUUUUAUUAAACAGUAGGUUGAUUUUUUUUUUUUUUCAGAUAAUCCAUUUUCUUUCUUCCUAGUUUGAGAUUUCUUUAUCUGAAAGGUAUGGUUAGAGAGGGGCAGAGAGAGAUCUUGCAUCAGCUGGUUCACUCCCCAAAUGGCUACAGUGGCUGAAGUGAGUAGACCAGAACUCCAUCUGGAUCUCCCACAUGGAUAGCCGCAGUACAAGUAAUUGGCCAACAAAGAUAGAAUGUUUAUAAUUGUCACAACUGAAAGAUGUAGACAGUUACUAUUUCCAUUUAAUUUUUUUUUAUUUUUGACAGGCAGAGUGGACAGUGAGAGAGAGAGACAGAGAGAAAGGUCUUCCUUUGCCGUUGGUUCACCCUCCAAUGGCCGCCACUGCAGCCGGCGCACCGCGCUGAUCCGAUGGCAGGAGCCAGGUGCUUCUCCUGGUCUCCCAUGGGGUGCAGGGCCCAAGCACCUGGGCCAUCCUCCACUGCACUCCCUGGCCAUAGCAGAGAGCUGGCCUGGAAGAGGGGCAACCGGGACAGAAUCCGGCGCCCUGACCGGGACUAGAACCUGGUGUGCCGGCGCCACAAGGUGGAGGAUUAGCCUAUUGAGCCACGGCACCGGCCCUAUUUCCAUUUAAUAGACUGGAAAAAUGAGACUUCAGCAACUUUUCCCAAGAUAAUACAGUAAAUAAAUUAGCAAAACAAGGUUUGAACUUGCAUUCUCCUCAGUUCUCUGCUCUACCAAUAAUUUGUAAUUGAACUAUCUCACUGCUGCCUUUCCCUCAUAUGAAAAUACUUAUUAAAUCUCAUAGAACUUCUGUGAAUCAAGAAAGCUAAUCUUGCAUAUAUGUCUCUGAAAUUAUUUUGUCAUGGUCUCUCUUUUUUUUUUUUUUAAUUUGACAGGCAGAGUUAGAGAGAAAGAUAGAAAGGUCUUCCUUCCGUUGGUUCACCCCCCAAAUGGCUGCUACAGCCGGUGCUGUGCUGAUCCGAAGCCAGGAGCCAGGUGCCUCCCCCCGGUCUCCCAUGCGGGUGCAGGGGCCCAAGCACUUGGGCCAUCCUUCACUGCCUUCCUGGGCCACAGCAGAGAGCUGGACCAGAAGAGGAGCAACCGGGACCAGAACCCAGUGCCCAUAUGGGAUGCCGGCGCCAUAGGCGGAGGAUUAACCAAACAUGAAGCUGUUAUUAUCUCAGGAACUGAAAUGGCAAAACAAAUCCAGAAAGAAAUACGGCAAGAUGUGGAAUCCUGGGUUGCCCUUGGAAACCGAAGACCUCACCUCAGUAUAAUUUUAGUGGGGAAUAACCCAGCAAGCCAUACGUAUGUCAGAAAUAAGAUAAGAGCUGCUUCUGCUGUAGGUAUCUGUAGUGAGCUCAUUCUAAAACCUAAGGAUGUUUCUCAAGAAGAACUCUUGGAUAUAACUGAUCAAUUGAACAUGGACCCAAGAGUCAGUGGUAUAUUAGUUCAGUUACCACUACCAGAUCACGUGGAUGAGCGAACAAUAUGCAAUGGAAUUGCCCCGGAAAAAGAUGUUGAUGGAUUUCAUAUUAUCAACAUUGGAAGACUGUGCCUUGAUCAGCAUUCUCUCAUCCCUGCCACUGCCAGUGCUGUGUGGGAAAUAAUAAAAAGAACAGGAAUUGAAACAUUUGGGAAAAAUGUGCUUGUGGCUGGAAGAUCGAAGAACGUAGGGAUGCCCAUUGCCAUGCUUUUGCACACUGAUGGAGAGCACGAGCGCCCAGGAGGUGAUGCGACGGUGACGAUAGCUCACAGAUAUACCCCCAAAGAACAAUUGAAGAUCCACUCUCAGCUGGCAGAUGUUAUCAUAGUAGCUGCUGAGAGAAGAACGACAAACAGGAAUUGAGAGAGGUCCCCCAAGUGCUGUUAACUCUCCAAAUGCCUGCAGUAGUCAAGAUUCCGCCAGGAUGAAGAUGGGAGUUGGGAAUUUGAUCUCUCAUAUGGGUCUCAGGAACCAGCUAGUUGGUCCAAAUCAUGCUGCCUACAAGAGUGUGCAUUAGAAGACGAAUCAAAUGUGGAUCUAGGACUUGAACCCAGGUACCCAAUAUGGGAUGUAAGCAUGCUAAACAGUAUUGUAACCACUGUGCCAAAUAUCCUCCCUUAGACUUUUCUUUAUCAGGACACAUUUUCUUACUGAUUCCAUUUUGUUACUCACUAUUGAUCUGUUAGUUUCCUAUAUCCUUAUGGUCCAAUUUUUUGAUAGGCUACAUGUUUCCAGAAUUUCUUCAAAGAUUUUAAAUUUGUUGGCAUGUAACUGUGCAAAAUGGUCUCUAAUCGGUCUUUGUAUUUUUAUGUUACCAAUUGUCAUGUCUCUUUUGUAUUUUUUAUUUUAUUUAUUGAUUCUUCUUUCUUCAUUCAUCUACCUAAAGAUUUGACAACUUUCUAUGUUUUUAAAAAGCUACCUCUUAGUUUCAUUAAUAUUUGUAUUAUUUUCAGUCACUAUAUAAUUCAUUUAUGAUCAGAUCUUUAUUUAUUUAUUUAUUGCCACUUAUUUGAGAUUAAGUUUGCUUUUGCUCUUCUAGUUCUCGUUGUCUAUUUAGAAUUAUUCUAUGGUACUCUGCUUAAUUUAUCAUUCAUAUAAUGACUUGCUUUUCUAAUUUUGUUGAAUUUUCUGUCUUUAUUCCCUUGUAUCUCUUUGAGUUUGGUUGCUUAAAAUCAUUGUUUUAAAGUAUUUGUCAGAGAAUUCAUCAGAGUUAAGCUUUUCCUUAAAAUCUGUUCCUAGAGAACUUUUGUGUGUUCAUUUUAGAGGUUUCAUAUUACCUUCUUUUUCACGCUUCAUUUGUUCCCAUGUUAAUAUCUGCACACCUGAUGAAUCUGUUGUCUUUAUUAAUUUUAAAGUGUGGCUUUCAUUGUAAGAUACUGUAUCCUGGUGAUGUGUUCUGCAGUGUUGGUUGUGUAGGCUAUGUUGGCUUUUGUCCCAGGUGGAUGCAUUAUUGUAAUUUCUUUGAAGCUUCUUCAGCAGCAAUCAAUGUUGGCAGUGCCUGCAGGUCUUUCAGUGCCUUAGGUUACAGGAGGUUAUGGAUUUAUCUGUGAGAUGGCAUGCAACCUCCUUAGGAGAGGCAAGUUGUCUGGCAGCUCUGGGUGUGACACAUGUGUUUUCAGAUGUAUGUCACCUUCAGUUUUGCCAGGAUGUGUGGUGGUGGGGCCAUUUAGUUACAGGUGAUGUAUAGGUGACACAACAGAAGAGGCAGGAUGCCCAUCAGACUCUCAUGUCUGUGCAGGGGCAGAAGUGUGUUGGUGGGCACUGAUGGGUGUGGCAGUGCACUCCCAGCAGUGAGGGCAGGAAAUUUACCAGUGUCUGAGUGCCACAUUACUGAUUGUGCAGCAUCAGUAGCCCAAGCAGGGUGCCUAUCUGUGUCUAAGGACUGUGUGGGUGCUUUUUGGGCCCUGGCAAAUUAAACAGCUCUGAAUGAGCUGCCUAACUACAUCCUAGGAAUUUAAGUCAGUAAGUGGAACCACCUAGCUGCUUACUAAGGCCCCAGGAAGGUGGACAGUUCCACCUGUUAACUUUCAGGGAUGCAGAAAGAUGGGCUGGGUUGCUCAGCUGGUUUGCAAACCUUGUGAUGGUGGGAAUAGUUGCCCACCUGUUUCCCAGAGUUUCUGGGACCAAAACUACUCAUUCACGUUGCCUGGUGGCUUUCCAGGUAUACCUGGUUUCUAGGGAUCCAGAUGACCAUUGCCUGUGGGUGCAGGAACUCUCUGCUUUGCAGGAUCUUGAUUUGUUGGGUUCUCAAGGUGGUACUGUGUAGCAGGAAUCUGGGUGAGGGGCCACUCUAUGUGCUGGGACCUUUGACCAGGGUAAUACAGCAGUGUGAGUAUUGCAGCAGUCCCUCAAAUUGGGCUUGAGCUUUCUUAAGCAGUAAACUCCCAUCCGUGGCAUUAGUGAGGAUUUCUGUGAGCCUCCUGCUUACCCUUUCAUUGCCAUGUGAUGUUCCUUUUGGUUCAGUUGAUCUGAAAUGGGGGGACAAGAUGGUAGGUAUUGUGUAUGUUGUUCUCUGUUUUGUAAGGCCAUCCUACUCUGUGUGCUCUGUGAUGUCAUUGUCAUAUCCCCAUUGCACUCUAGUGUCAUCCCUAUACUAGUAGUAUAGUAUUUGUUUUUCAUUUACAGUGAAGGAGGGAAUGCUAGGUACCUCUAGUCUGCCAUCUUGCUAACACCCCCUUCCAAAUUAAAAAACAUACAAACAAACAAACAAACAACAACAGAAAACAACCUAAGAGGACUCAUUUGGGUCUGGCAUUUUGGUGUAGCUGGUUAAGCCACUGCAUGCAAUGCUAGCAUCCCAUGUGGGUGCUGAUUCAUGUCCUGGCUGCCCCACUUCUGAUCCAACUCCAUGCUCAUGGCCUGCGAAAAGAUGUGGAAGAUGGUCCAAAUGUUUGAGCCUCUGAAACCAGGGCUGGCCAUGGCGACCCUCUGUCUCUCCCUCUCUCUCGGUAACUCUUUCAAAAUAAAUAAAUAAAUAAAUAAAUCUUUUUAAAAAGAGAUGACUCAUUUAUAGUCUGUGAUGAUAUUCUGCCUGCUGUUCAUAUUGUCUUUGAGGCUGUUAACCUUUUAAUAUAAAGAAGCAAGGGAGUGGUAAAUGAAACUGAGAUGAGUAAUCUCCUAUCAAGUACCAAACAUGUUAAAAUAAAUGACUUUUCUUGGAAGAAAAAUUAAAAUUAAAUAUUCAUUAAAUUAAAUGACUUGUAUGUGAGUUUAUGUAUAUCUCAAAAAAGCUUAUAAAAGGGAGAUGGGAAACUGAAAGACUUAAGAGUAUGAAAAUAAAGGGAAUUUUGGCUUUCAAAUUAAUUUCUGAAUACAUACAUAUAAAUGUAUAUGAAUAUAAAUAUACAUACACACACACACACACACAUAUAUAUAUAUAUA